AUGAACAUCCGAUACGAAGAGUUAUGUGAUGAUAUCUUUGGCGCUGAUGACGAGUUUUUGUCAAUGUUCGAGAAAGAAGCAUCUAAUGCGGAAGAUAAGGAGCGGUCGUUCACUCAACCGGGCGCUUUACAUGCGGGUAUUCAAUCAAACUAUGCUGUUGUUUGCAUGGAAAGUAAAUUAACGGAAGUGGGACUACGUUAUGUGGAUAAAAUGUAUGAACAAAUCAAGCAGAAAAAUGCAGAAGUAGAAAAAUGUCGUUCUUUGAUUGCUCAACAUAACGCCGAUAUCACGAGUAUUACUUCCGAACUCAUCAGUAUUCAUGAAGAACUCGGUAGUUUGGCUUCCGUUGUAGACACAGUCAUAGGCGUAUCUCCUUCUGAAUAUUCAAGAACUUCUAUGACCAAGACAAGAUCAGCAUAGACUGUAGAUUGAAUUUAAAUGCCUAGUCAUAAUAUUCUUAUUGUUUGUUACACUCGUAAAUUCGUUGUUUUUUGUUGAAAUGUCUCUGCUGUAUCAUAAUAAGC